AUGCAGUCGGAUGAACUUGUCCGAGGUUUGCUCUACCUCUUCCUUGCCGUGGUGGGAAUCCCAGGAAAUUGCUUGGUGAUCUGGGCCUUCUUGCAGGCAAUGCACACUGAACACCAAGUUCUUCCAGCUGAUGCUAUUGUCCUACACCUCGUCUCUGUCAAUCUCCUGGUUGUGGGGGUCCGCUGCCUCCUGGAGGCCCUGGCCACAUUCCGCCUGGCCAACAUCUUCAGUGAUGCUGGUUGCAAGGGCAUCAUCAUGGUGUACCGCAUGGCUCGUUCGCUCUCCAUCUGGCUCACCUUUGUGCUGAGUACCUAUCAGUGUCUAAGCAUUGCACCACCAGGCUCGCGUUGGGCUGAAGCCCGCGUUGCUGCCGCACGACACUUGGGAGCCAUCUUUCUUGUUCUUUGGCUAGUAAAUGCUGUCAUCAGUACACCAUCGGCCCUCUUCUCCCUGGGCUGGCACAACGGCUCCAGCCUCAUGGAGCACAGUAUCAAUGUGCAGUUCUGUUUUGUGCGCUUCCCUGACAGUCUCUCCAAGGAUGCCAAUGGUGCCAUGCAGGUGGUUCGUGAUGUGAUACCCAUGGCACUGAUGGCAACGGCCAGCUUGAUCGUACUCAUCUUCCUGUACCGCCACAGCCAGCAUGUGAAGAACUUUCGCAGCAGCAAUAGCAACAGCAAACAAGGUUCCUUGGCCGAGAGGCGGGCAGCCAAAACUGUAGUCACCCUGGUCACCAUGUAUGUGCUUUUCUACGGGGUGGACAAUGGACUCUGGGUAUACACCCUCACUGUGGAACACACUAUGAGCUCCUCUCUGGUGUCUGAUCUCCGAAUUUUUUUCUCUUCACUUUAUGCUGCUGUGAGUCCAGUAGUUAUAAUUGCCUCAAAUAAGAAAGUGAGCAGGAAUCUUAUAUGCAAGGUACAAGAAAAGGGCUCCCAAAUGGUAGAAACUACACUUUCUGCAGCAUGA